GAUAAGACAUAUGGAUGCACGAUAUGAUGCAUCUUCCAGAUUUACAAACGAACAGGGCCAUAAUCAUCGAGUAAUUCGACAGAAGACAAAGUGUUCUCUUGAUCAUCGGUGGGCGGAUCUUCUCCCUCCCUCUCUAAAACCCUAACUCUGAUCGAUCGAAUUCACCAGCGCGAGUUAAUGGCGAACAGUAGUCUACCACGAAGAAUCAUCAAGGAAACUCAACGUCUGCUCAGUGAACCGGCUCCUGGUAUAAGUGCAUCUCCAUCUGAGGAUAACAUGAGGUACUUCAACGUUAUGGUACUUGGUCCUUCACAAUCACCUUAUGAAGGAGGAGUUUUUAAGUUGGAGCUCUUUUUGCCUGAAGAAUACCCUAUGUCAGCUCCCAAGGUUAGGUUUCUCACCAAGAUAUACCAUCCCAGCAUUGAUAAGCUUGGAAGAAUCUGUCUCGAUAUUCUGCAAGACAAAUGGAGCCCUGCUCUACAAAUACGAACAGUGCUCCUAAGUAUUCAAGCUCUUCUGAGUGCACCAAACCCUGAUGAUCCCUUGUCUGAGAACAUCGCUAAGCAUUGGAAGAGUAAUGAGGCUGAAGCUGUGGAGACAGCUAAAGAAUGGACCCGUCUUUACGCAAGCGGUGCAUGAUGGACUGGAGAGUGAAAGAUCUCACAUUCAUCCAAAUAACAUUUAAGUUUGGUGAAAUCUAUCAAACAUCAAAGUUAUAAAAAGCUUAUACUUUACUGUUUCUCCCCUCUUAUAAUGAUAAAAAUGUGAGUUUCGGCACAGGAAGAUGUAUAUUGUAUCAUUACUAGUAGGGUCAAGACUCGUGUGCCUACUUGAGCUCGUCAAGUUUCGUUGAAUCAAAACAUCUUCUCUA